AUGACAUCCGGCAUUCCCAAACCCCCCGGUGUUCCACUACUUGGGAACGUGUUUGACAUCAAUCCCAACGAAACCUGGCCUUCGCUCAUCAAUCUGUCUAAAAAAUAUGGUCCGAUAUUCAGAAUAAAUGUCUUGGGUAAACAAAUCGUCUUUAUUGGCAAUGUCGCCCUUCUUGAGGAAAUUUGCGAUGAACGACGGUUUCGCAAGUGCGUAACUGGCCCCAUUGUGGAAAUGCGUCAUCUUGCAAAUGACUGCCUGUUCACCGCAUACCAUUCCGAGCCAAUUUGGGGAGUUGCUCAUCGGAUCAUGGCACCAUAUGUCACCCAGUUGGGAGCAGAUAACGGCUUUGCUGACAUGGGGGACGUGAUUUCGGAUUUGACCAGAAAGUGGACAUCAGGGAACAAGAAACGUGUACUCGUCACCAAUGACCUUGAUCGUCUGCUCAUGGCUUCUGUGGUGAAGUGUUUCUACAAUCAACGAAUUGAAGUCCUGGAAGGUGCCGAGCCUCCCCUCAUCGAAGCGAUGAACGGAAUCACCUUCGAAGCGAUGAAGCGACCCUCGCGCCCGAAGAUUCUCACUCAACUUUUUUAUCAGAGUACCUUCGACGCACAUAUCAAGACAAUGCGCAAUUAUGCAGAGGAGAUUGUCAAGUCACGAAAAGAGAACCCUGACCAGUCACGCAACGAUCUACUGGAUGCGCUUCUUAAUAACAACGAUCCAGAAACUGGAGAGAAACUCAACGACUCGCGGGUCAUUGAUGAAGUUGUGACGAUGUUUAUUGGGGCGGCAACAGCCGCAAACCUCGUGUCCUACGCCUUGUAUUACCUGAUGACGAACCCAGACAAACUAACCAAGGCCACCGCCGAGAUAGACUCACUUGUUGGUCCCGAUGAACAAAUCAAGCUGCAGGACUUCAAAAAAAUGGACUACUGCCAAGCCAUUAUCCGCGAGUCACUUCGGCUUUCCGCGACGGCACCUGGUUUCAACCGAGAACCAAUCCCAACCGAGGAUAAGAGUCCAAUCCUACUUGCGGGGGGCAAGUAUCAAAUCCCACACGACCAAACUAUGAUUUCCAUUCUGCACGCCGUGAAUCGCGAUCCUGAAGUGUUUGAAGAUCCUGAAAUGUUCAGUCCAGAGCGGGUUCUCGGCGAUAAGUGGGAUGAGCUGCCGAUAGGAGCAAAAAGAGGCUUUGGAAAUGGUAAACGCGAAUGCUACGGCACGAUGUGGGCAUGGAACUGGUCAAUCCUUACCCUUGCAAGCAUCCUGAAGGACGUUUCUUUCGAGUUGGCGGACCAAAACUACAAGCUUACCUCCAAUGGGGCUUUCAGCGUGAAACCAUUGAAGUUCUACGGUCUUGUUAGCCCGCGAAAGAGAUAA